UUUAUGCAGUGAAUAAAUUGCUAGUUUAUGCAGUAUUUUAUGUCGAUUCAAGUGGGACGGUAUUUAGCUUUCAUAAUCAGAAAAAAGAUCAGAAAACAAGAAAAGAAAAAAGUUUCGGGCAAUAAUAGAGGAUUACUAGUUUAUGGUGAAAAAACUGAAUUUUUUAUGUUGGGUCAGGUAACGCUGGGUCAAGGUUAAGGUUAGGUUAUAUUUGUGUCGGAAUCAAACGAACGCGUCGGCAAGUUGAGGCAGUUUGAUUGGUACUUACCGUUACUAAAGCUCUAGAAUCGACACAAUUUCACUGCAGUACGAAUCGUCUGAUGGCGCGCUGCUAACGGCCAAACUGGACGUAAUUUCGAGUACAGUUGGCAACACUGAGGUCACUAUGACCACGCGACUUGAAAUUUGUGCGAAUUCAAGGGGAUCCCUCGAUUUUCGCGCGCGUAACUAAUUUGAAUAAACGUAAUAUCGACUUAUUUAAAUUCAAUGAAAUAAUCAGGAUUGAAUUCUCACUACUAUAAAAAGUCCCUGAAAUAGAAAUUCCCGUUUACAAAUGUGAGCAAUGGGCGUAUAGAACACUGCAAGAAGAGCCCCAUUAUAUCAUACGCUUAUCACCGCUCUGACGUAUCUGAUUUCCUGAUUAGCCGCGAACUGCUAGUCACUAUCGAUAUCGUGCAAAUUAUCAACAAUUGCAUACAGGCUGACGAAGACAUCGAACAAAAUGAGUGCUGGGCCCAGCAUCUGUCACAUUCUGGAUUUUCCCAAUGAAAUUUUGAUGAAAAUUAUCUUCCAUUUGAAUGCCAGAGAGCGUGUGCCUUUGGGUAAUUCAUGCAAGAAAUUACACAGUCUUAUAUUCGAAGAGAAAGAAUUAUUAAGGAAUUUAGAUUUUUCCAAAGACGGGCGCCUGACAUCAGUUUCUGACAUCCGUCAAUAUUUUGACAACAGCAAAGCAAGCAGGUACAUUCAGAGAGUAAAUUUGAGAAAUGUAAAUUUUAUAGAGCCGGAGCAGAUGCUUAACGAUUACAUCGGCAAUGCAGUGAACAUAGUUGACUUAAACAUAAGUGGCACAAGAUUUGAAGACGUACAGGGGUUGGGAUAUUUCCUAAAGUUAUUACCACAUGUAAAGAGACUCUCUAUCGACUGGCCAAGACGAAUGGAAGAUAACGCUGGACCUUGCUGCAAGGUUCUACGAGGGCCUUUAAGCAAACUCACGUAUUUGUCAAUACAAAUAUGGCAUCCACCACAUACAAAAAAGUUUGUCCGAUAUUUACAAAUGUGUCAACAACUCAAGGAGCUACGCAUGAUUGGAAGGAAAUCCUGCUAUGUUCCUGCAACAGACGAGUUUCCGUGCUUAGGACAAAAACAACUUAGGAGUCUCGAAAUCAUUGAAUUUUGUGGACCCUGCUGCGGCCCCGAGAAGAGAUUCUUCAUGACUUUACUUCCAGAACUUGAGAAAUGGACUGAUUUUCACGUUCCCAAGUAUUACAUUCAGAACGGUUUUUACUUUGAAAAAAACGUGCCAUUUGCUAAGAAGCUAUGCAAGACAAAUUGGAUGAAUCCUCGAAAUAUUUACUUCGGCAGCUAUUUUGAAUUUGGCCAGUCUGUGCUCACAGAACGCCUUUUGACAGAAGUGAUUAAAGUCACCCAUAAAGACCCGCCAAAAUGUUACUGUUGUUUAUCUCUACUUCAUCAGACAGACAUAUGUGUUAUCAAGAUCGAGGAGGCAAAGCGACUGCUGAAAGAUCCAAGUUAUGAACUUUCGUAUUUACGUAUCAAUCAUAACAUAAAAACAAAUUGCGAUGCGCAUUUAGUCGUAUCCGCUUUUCCAAAACUCACCGAGCUCAUUUUAUCCAACAUAACAAAAGUAUCGGGUUUUGUACACUCUCGGAAACAACUGAAGAGAAAAUAUAAUAAGGCAGUUAAACAAGAGGGUUAUCUGACCAACAAAAAUCUAGAUUCAUCUUUUAGUAUGAUCGUUCAGAAUUCGCCUCACCUUAAACACCUGACGCUGGAUACUAAUAACAGCACGAUCGAAUAUGAAGAAAUGUGGGACUUGAACGCUCUGCACCUAAUCUCAGGUUGGACAAAUCUCAGAACCUUACGUUUGUCCUCGGUACCAAUCGAGGACGGUAUUUUUCUCACUGAAAUCGGAAGGGCAUGCAAGCAUUUGGAGAUAUUAGACUUGUACGAUCUCGGUCCCGGGGAUGUUUGCUGCUACAUCGAUGAACUGUGUCAAAUGAUUGCUGACCUCAAAAACCUGAGAGAAUUUAGAAUUCAUCAGGACAACAUUGGCGAAGUAUCUCGAAUUUUCGUAUCACUCGCCAACAAUGUGCAACUCAGGAAAGUUGACGUGAUAAGUGAUGGCGAAAAUACCACCACGAAUAAUUUAAUACCCUCUAUCGAACACCUGCUUCAAACUUGUUCAAAAUUAACUACAUUCCAAUGUAUAAUUGACGAAAUAUCCGAAGCCGAUUCUGUAAAGCUGUCGACCAUGUUGAGAAGUUUCAAGUGCAAACCUGGAAAGCUCGAUUUCCAAUUCCAAGUUGUUUGGUCUAUGGAUCUGAUAAUGGAUGAUUCUGAAUGGAUGAUGAAAGAAGACGUCAUAACUGAGGACGCCCGGCUUGUGAACUUCCCCUGCGACAUGAGCAUGCCACAUCAUCCAUAGAGUGCAAAAAAUGCAGCGAUUCUACUCGUGCUUACAGUGGAAUGUCAUUGAAAAUUAACUUGUUUUUAGACUUAGGUAAAUAUGCAAUCAAUAAUCAACUAUCGCGUAUCAAUUAAAUCGAAAUAUAAAUACACAAAAACUAUUCUUAUAGUGUUGUCCAGUGGUCUUAGAAAUAUCCUUAAAUUUUUCUUGUGUCAUGGAAAUAUUCUAUUUUUAAAGUUUACCGCGAAUGAUUUAUUUAUUUGUGUUCACUGACUAACUGUUUUUAAAUUGUCGAUUCCCGCCUCGAAUCGUGUUUACCGUUUUCCCUACUAACAGCUCGUAGUAGAAAUAACGUAUACCUCGUAUGUCGCACUGAUUAUAUACAGUACGAUCUACCAUUUUAUACACCUGGUUGAUCCGACUAUAUUUUCUGAUUUCUCGACAUCUCAAUUAAUCAAAAGAAUGUUAAGUCUCACCGUGAUAUUUUGUAUAAAUAAAAAGAGGAAUAGGUAAAUCAAUCACGCAUGCGCCUGAAAAAUAACAGCUUCACUUCCCUGCAUCAACGGCUACAUGAAGUUAUCGCAAAGAGUUCGAAUGACCGCUGAUGACAAAUUUUUCGUCUUAUGAUCGCGAACACAGAUUACUCUUCUAGUUAAAAAACAUCGAGAGUGGAUUUGAGAGUCGUGAUUCGGCAAUAUUCAAAGUUCGUUAGCAAUACUUGUGCAAGGCGCGGUUUUGACUAAUCGAAAUGGGGACUCAAAUAUCAGAGUAUUUGAUGAUGUACCUACGGAAUCUGAGAGAAUUCACAUUUCACGAGAAAAACGUUGGAAAGGUAUCCAAAGUAUUUUUCGGGCUUAAUACAAAUCCAGAAAUCAGGAAAGUUAGUGUUAAAUCUGAUGAAAAUCUGCUUCAUCACUGCUCAAAGUCGGCAGUAUUUUUCUGUGUUUUCGACGGCGUAAACCAAGCAUACAAUGACGAGCUUACAUACACUUUGCAAAAGUAAAUUGAAAAAUUGUGUUCCAAGUCACGCAAAAAUGUGAAUUAGUUACACUUUCGUUUCACAUGUAUCUCCUCUCGUUUUGCAGAUCAAAAAUUCUGUUAAACCGACUGAAUUUCUAGUUUUAAGUUAUUACUGAUAAGGAUUUGAUAAAUAUUGUGUACGAAGACUUCUCACCGCUCAAAUUUCCACAUAAAUUAUAUUGACAUUAUUGACUAAAUCUGUUACGAUGUAAAAGUACCCCUACUACGCAUAGAUCUUUGGAUAAUCAUUGUGAAGUUUUAGUUACAGAAAAAAAGAUUCUAAAAUUUCACACUAAAAAUCAAGAUAAGCAAAUGUAAUAAGACUUUGAUUUCUUUAAAUGAAAAUAAAAGUAAAAACAUGUUUUCACGCAAUAAUUAUCCCUAUUAUUAUCAUUGUAUUUAGUAGACGCUUAACAUAUUAUUAUUCAUAUGUUAUUACGUGUAACAGCGGCGUUCUUUAUAUGGUUAA